GUUCUUAGGCGGCUCAAUUAUCUGUUUGUGAUCAUACAUAUCCACAAACAGGUUUGGUCCUGUUUAUUACCUAAUUCGGGUGCUGUUUCGAGGAUCACAUUUUCGUCUGAUCAGAGUUAGAAUUGGUUGGGAUCAUGCAAAGAGUGCGGCGCGGGCGGAUUCUAGACGAAUGUAUUCUUGGUGGUGGGAUAGCCACAUAAGCCCGAAAAAUUCCAAAUGGCUUCAGGAGAAUCUUACAGAUAUGGAUGCCAAAGUCAAACAAAUGAUCAAGGUUAUUGAAGAAGAUGCAGAUUCCUUCGCAAGGAGGGCAGAAAUGUACUUUAAGAAACGGCCUGAGCUUAUGAAAUUGGUUGAAGAGUUUUACAGGGCAUACCGUGCAUUGGCUGAAAGAUAUGAUCAUGCAACGGGGGCACUCCGCCAGGCUCAUCGAACAAUGGCAGAAGCAUUUCCCAACCAAAUCCCAUUUGCUAUGGGUGAUGAUGGGGAUCCCCGUACACCUGAGAUGGGUCCAGCACGUGCAUUGGUUGACCCUGAUGAGUUGCAAAAUGAUUCUCUGGGACUCUCUUCAUCUCAUCUCCUUGCCUUAAAAAGAAAUGGAGCAUUUACCGAUCAAUCUGAUUCUGUAACAACCAGAAAGGGUUUGAAAUAGUUUAAUGAUUUGUCAUAAUUCUUAAUUGAAUUGAAUUUAGAGUAGUUGAUUUAGGGGGUGUAAAUGUAAAAAAUUAAAACUGCAGGAAUUUUGGGGGUGUAAUUGUCAUAAUUGAAAAC